AUGACGAUCGUCUCGGGCAGGUUAUUCAACGGUUCGACGACACGGUUGGAGAAGAAAUACUUUCUCACAUUCAAUCUGCCCCGGGGCACACGUAGCUUGAAGGGAUGUCCCCGGAGGUUAGUUGUAGUGAGGAGUUGGAAAUAGUCAUCUCACCGAAGGGCUCAGCUUACUAUUGUGGGGGCCGCACUGAGGAGGAGUUUGCCCGGCAUCUUCUGAGUGCUCUGUUAGGACCGCCCUUGUGCCUCAACUUCUGCUGGGGUGGUUCUACAGAAAAGCGCUCGUUCUCCGGUUCUCCGUUGUACCUCAUUCUUAGCCGUGUGUCUACUUCUUUAUAACAUUGCAGAGACCAUUCGGCAAAAUACAGUAUAUAGUAACUGCUCGGAGGAGCUAGCUCGAAGAAGUGUAAUCAAUUGGUUUCAUGGAUUAAGAACCCCGUCUGGCAGCAGAUCAAGACGCCGGGACAGCAUCGGGAAAGUAGUUAAUCAUAUUCCCUUUGUUCAUAAGAAUACAUUUAGGUGUCAAAAGGAACCACCGAUGCCGAACUCCUACCAACAUUAUCUGCGUCCGAGGGCACCGUUAGUCCGAUUUUUAAAUUAUACGUCAAUGUUAACAUUAACAUCGUGUUCACGACUGAUGUAAUACUAGAUUAGAAAGUACAUUUAAAUGCCAUAGGAAGGGUUUAAGCGACGUAAGUAGACAUAGUUGCAUUUCUUAACGUCAUUUCUUGCAAUUAUUUGAGUAGUUUAAGUUCCCCCGCAUAUUAGGUAUUUUAUGUAACAUCCAGUUGAUAACCAGAGAGUUGACCAUGAAAUUGCCGUUUUUAAACAAUGUAUGUAUGUAUGUAUGUAUGUAUAUUGAAGGGUUACAGGCAGAGCCCUUGAUGACCCUAUUUAUGUACAGCGCUUUCGCAGAUUUAUACUCAAAAAUAAAAUUAAACUGCAGGCAUUUAAAAUGUGAUUGGGUCACAGUUCAAUCGUAAUCAUAAGGUAGUGCAUGGGGUCACUGUAAAUUGGUGCGGAAGAUUGUAUAUGACAGAUUUUACAAAACUGGCUGUGCAUAGUCAUGCUGUACAAGCCGAUUUCUGUCGAAAACUAGACGAGCAAGUUUUCUUUUAAACACACAAACUGUGUCAGCCGUCACCAUCUCGCUUGGAAGCGAGUUCCACGGUCUGACAACCCGCUGGCUGAAUGAAAAUUUUCGUCGGUCUAAACGCGUGCGCUCAUUCCCGACUUUGUGUGCAUGCUGCUUCUUAAAUUUAUACUAUGGUAAAAGUGGAAGUUUUUUAACUGAGGGUUUACUUUUUAUUACAGAAAGCUUGCGGCGACAAAAUUAUAAUGGCGAACUAUUGCCACAAUCGAACACGUGAACACGCUUAUUUAUUGCGUAUUUCAAAUCGAACGCUAUUUUAUUGCUUACCAUUCCCGUUCAGCAGUCUAAUUAAACUCUCUUUGCUUUUAUUUAUCGUUUUAGCACUUCAUUUAUUGCCGUCUCUUUUUUUCGGGAUCUGCCGUAGACAACGAGCCCUUUUAUACGCAUUGGCUGAUAAUUUCUGCGAUUGUGUGCACUUUCUUUUUAUUUCUACUACUUCGUUUGUUAGCAAAAAAACUACUUCUCAUAUAAUUGCGUUCAUUGUCCGAUACCGUUAUGGAAAGCGUUGGGCGCGGAUGCACUAGGACGUCUUCAUAUGUUUGGGUCACAUGAGAGGACGCCGGACUACUAUGUACCAUGCGUAGGACAUUAUAAUGAACCCUAGGGCAAUAAAGUCGUUAUCUCCAAAUAGGGCGGGAAAGGCGGGAAGGAGGCGUCCCGCUGCGUAUUUUUCUCGCAUGAGGGGCCGAUACGGGGCUGCGGCGUCGAAAACCCAACGACAGCCCAGCACUCCGCCCCGGUGUAGCCCCUUAUCGCCACCUGAAGACCCGCAGGGUUUUAGAGGGUUCGGCGGGGCUGCUGCUGGCAGAGUUGAUACUUUCAACUUUUGCGGCCCCCUGUAUUUCAAAUGUACCACCUUACGCCAUAACUUCUUCUGGGCUCUCUCUAUGGGUUCUGUCUAAGUAAUCCAUACUGGCCAAUUUGCAGUUGUUUUAGGGUUAGAGGUCACCAUGCUAGCAGCACAUGUACUAGCUAAAAGCUCAUACACGCGUGUUUCGCCGAUAUUCUGCCCCUGCGUGGCACAGCUGCGAGGAGUUUUGCUCAUCAGUGGGUCCCUUAACAUUCCCUAUACGUUUUCCCUGUCUGUUUUGCGCUUGAAUCGGACCGAUUUUUCGCGGUUAAGGCAUGAGACAUUUUGAGCCUUAGAAAAUCCUCCUUUCCAUGCCAAUUCUGUUAACCUGGCUUAUAUCGUAAGGAGGGUCCGCACCCAUUCGUGACAGCGGUGAAUUUUGUGGAGUGAACACAGCCUACUCGGUCAGGUGUCUCCAAUCUUAACACGGAGUGCGUGCGAGUGCCAAAUAUGGCAUUCAACAUGUUAAAAUGCAGAUUCAUAAGGGUAAAAUAAAAGAUCCCUUGAUUACGAAAAUUACGUUAACAGCGGAUAACUGCACGACGAAUGUCAAAGCACACGACGAUGCCAAUAGGAAUAAAUGUUGCGUGCAAAGAUGAUCCGUUCGUUGGUGCGGAUUACCACAAUUUAACGGGAUGGCCGGUGGGGAAGAUGUCCUCAUUGUCAGACAUGGGAAAGGGACGUGUGACCCAGAACUGGCGCUAGAGAAUAAGACUGACAGACCUCUUGUGAUGAUGUGUCGGUGUUUUCUAGAGAAGGGGAACGUACACCAACAAUACCACUGACACCAGUUCAUACCAAUCCCAUCAUGGAUAUAUGCUAAAGUGAAGUGAAAGUCGUCGGCACAUUCAAACAACUUUCAUUCCACCCGCAUUUUGCUGUCGCGGUUGAUCAUCCCGACUGUGGCGUCAGGAUUCUAGGCGGAGGCCAUGUUUCGGUUUGCAUCCCUUUUUCGUUCAUUUCGUAGACCAACUUUUACAUUUGCAAUCUCAUCUCAGCGUUGCGUCCGCACGCUUGCAACUCAAGCUCCGAAGUCUUUCGUGUAUCAAGAUAUACUGGCCUUUGAAAAACCCCCAUAUGCCACAACGCCCUUCAGGAAGAUUUCUGGUAAUUGAACCUCUUAUUCAUAAUAACUUUCGUGUGGUAUUCGCAAAUUUAUUUCUGACGAAAGCUUUUAUUUUCAGCAUUGCGCACUUGCACGUGCAAUAAGGUGUACGGUAUUAGUUGAUUGCCAUUAGCAAAUAAUGCCGGGACAGCCAUGUCGACUGGGUGUCGAUUUCGACCACACUUGAUAGCGACCCGCUAUUGAAAAGUCGACUUAAGCCUUAAACGGUAAGAACAGUAUGUAAACUUCGACCUCGGAACCGCGUACAUAAAGUGCCCUGUCCAAGUCUAACUCCGACUACUUUUUUGCACCCAUUGCAACCUCGGUGGAACUAAAUGUGAGAUAAAUCACCUGUUCCUAACAGUAGUCAUAGACGGUCUAUGAGGACUAUCCGCGGUCGUCUAGUGGCUUCCUAUAGAACGCCACUUGUUUGCUUGUCUGCCGGUCGUGGAUUACUCCGCUCGCGGUUAACAUCCUAAGCUCGAGGUCCGGCAUCAAAUCAACAGCGCACCUGUGAUAACACUGCCCAGGGUAGAGUGACUGAAGCCUUCGUCCAUCUUCCGGAGUCCAUCUCGGGCUUCUGGCGUUGAUCGCGUUGUGUGGACCUUUCGUAAGAUCUUACAGGACAAAGGGAUGUAAACUGUGUGACUAUGCGACUUUGUCCCACAACCAUAACCACUCCCUCCUGGCAGUGUCCGCAGACCUCUUCGUACAGGGCGUGCGUUUGCAGGAUUCGCAAGUUCUGCCUAAAUGAGACUAAAGGGACUGUGCCUGGGCGGCCUCUGUGCCAGUUCUGCUUUAUAAAAAUUCGUUUGGCGUUCGACAAAGUUGUAUCCUAUAGUCCAUUCAAUCCAACUGCGCCAUUGAAUGGGUUCUCACAAAGACCCUGCCGGUUUGAAUUUGCGCCUGGGCGCCGACUGAUUGAUCUUAAUUACACUAAUGCCAUCGCCCUGCUAGCCUCAAACUUUUGUCACCCGCAGUCCGCUGUAUCGCGGGUGGAUGAGGUAGCUAAGUCGAUCGGUUUAUCCAUAGACGCUAGAAAGACCAACCUGUUUUUGACUUGAAUCCCUGAUUAGAAGAAGGCACUCCUCGGAAUUUAGGGCUGUCAGCUUGGAGAAGUGGAUAGUUUCAACUAUUUCAGGCCAAAGACGCUACCGAAUACACAGUAAACACGAUAUUGUCUUCCAAACUGCUGCUGCUCCUGGUUUUCCUCAUAAUCCUUGGGAAAUUGUCUAUGGACUCGACGCGACCAUCUCCAUCGCCACAAAUAUUCACAUGUACGGGGCAUCCGUUCGGUCAGUCCUUCGCGGUUGUUAGUGCUAGGCUUCGCGCGUGAAAGAUUAGAAAAACUAGAGUUGCUUAACCACCGUCGCAUGAAGCCCAUCCUCCGAGCGUAAUGCGUCGAAUUAGUCUUAGACGAGACUUCACACACGUUGGGACAAAAUCUCGGUAAUAUCUCUGUCCACCCAAGAAAGACGGCUGGGUGUAGUGCCGAUGUCCGCUGUGAACAUUUUCAACAUAGAAAAUUUCCUUUGCUAUUCGACGUGCUCAGGUUGGCUUAUUAGAACUGGCUGCAUUGUACAGAUACUGCCAUCAGGGAAUACGUUAUUGGCACAUACCAUAGUUCCAUCAAUGCCGAUGCACCUGUUCACCAAUACACGCCUAUGACACUCGUACAGUCUGCUAUCAUCACUGCCUAGGGACAUUGGCAAUCUCUAUUCUUGCGAGGAUGCAGAUAUUUAAGUUUGCCUCCUCGGUGCACCUCCAUCAUCGAUCCUACUCAAACGCUUAGCAGUCUGUUUCAGAGAUCACUGGCUUUCGUAGUAGUUUCCCCAGUUUUCAGGCAACCACCAAGGGGGAGCAAAGAAAAUGGACUGAAGAGGCCGUUUCACUGCCCAUCGUCCGAAAAACCCAUUAUGCUAUGCAAUAUAAACCCUGUUUUUACUGUCAUUUAAAGUCUGAGGCAUUUAGUAAAUCCCAUUUACAUCCAAACUACUCGUACACUGUUUCGGAGAAACUAGAGGUCCGACGGAAAUAAACAACCCGAAAAGCUUCCACUACGCUCGUGUCAACAUUCUCCUAAGAAUGCUAAGCUAACGCAGAGACGGCCAAUAUUUUGGGCCCCACGAAGACUUGAACUUACAUACUCAUCUGUCUCGCUGAAAACCUCCCACCAGAUAUUCUGAGCAAUCGUUUACCACUCGAAGAAUGCAGUACGGACGGAUUUACCCGGCGAUCGGCCUUCGAUGAGCCCAUAGUCAGAAAGUUUUCGUUAAAAAGCACUUGCAAAUGAAGUAUAUGGGGGAGUUGAUAAUUUUGGAAUAUGGCCAAUAUUGCAGACCAAAAGUAGGCGAAUUCUAACUCUGGUCGUUUUCUACUGAACGGGGAAAGUCGUCGUUUUAUAAAUAGACUACGUUGUGCUUGUAAACUCCAACUUUUGUCCGCCGUUUGUCCCUAUGAUAAACGUGAACAUUCUUAAUUUGCAUUUCGAAGACUGGUUAGAGCAUAACGUAUGGCAACUCCAACAAGAAAGAACAGAAAAACACAAAUGCUCACACUUCAGUUCACUUAUCCUCAACUGGCAUAGAGGAAGUUACCACACCUAAUGGGGUUUUGUACCCACAGUACAUUCAUAUUGGGAAUAAUCGCAUCCAAGCUCGACUAAUUAGUCAUAUCUAUGCAAUCUAAAUUCAUGGACGUUUGGACUAUGACAUCACAUGCCGACCGCAGUACUUUUUGAAUUCUCGCGUCCUCCUUUUCCUUUUAAACUGUCUAGAUCCGUAUUUUGUUUUCCUAUCGCAGGUGACUUUGUUAACGUCAAGAAUAUUGGUGGCAAGCGGGUCCUGCACGUUGAAGGCAAGGGCCUCACAUUACUUGCCCAACAAGCGAUGGUCGACGUUGCUCACCUCCUUCGCCCAGCUCAUUUGCAGGCAUGAUCAUGUCUUACAAACUAUUUGUUUUCAGUCACUUGCGAAUAUCUUGAAAGACCCAGAAGCAUCAAGUAAUGACAAGUUCGUCGCUUUGGAAUUGCUGAAAAACGCCAACAUUGCAGCUGGCAUGAUCUUGCCCAGCUGCCAGGAUACUGGCACUGCAAUCGUUAUGGGCAAGAAGGGCCAGUAUGUGUGGACAGAUGGUGAUGACGCGGAGGCCCUCUCUCGCGGCAUAUACAAUGCAUAUACCACUACCAAUCUGCGUUAUUCCCAGGUGAGUUCUUAGUUCUUUAGGCCGCUGCUACCAACUCCAACCUUCGUGUCGCAAGUAAGCAGACGUUUCUUUUUUCUCUGCUAAAUUCUUGAUUGCUGGCCGCCUAUACUCAGGCCGUUCUACUUGGUGCUGUUGUGUUUCCUCUUACAAAAUAUUGAGCUUCCAGUAAGUCAUACUUUCCUGUAAAUACUACAGGUUGCUACUUCGGGAAAAUCCUCAGCACCUUAGCAUCUCAUGCACAACUGGGUAUCUAUCUUCCUCAGUUUUGCUGCUCCUACCUAUUUCGUUCAGUUGAACUGUUAAAUGGCAUCACCAGUCGAUAGUAGUGAAAAUGCGAUUCCCAGAUGGUUAAUCAGGAGAAAAGGAGGCGUUCACCGGGACAGGUGUAUUGGAGGUCUGACGUUUCGAACCUUCUGAACAGGGACAGUCACGGCGCGAGACAAUCAGGCCCGUCAACUAUCAUCGCGGCCGACGAGGGCAGGGGCGAUUCAGGUCACGGUGACAUGCGGGUCGGAUGCAGCCACACAGGGACCAUUGGCGGGCCACACAUCAAAGAAAGUGCGCCAUAUAAGGAGAGCUGUGCGCAUGACUUCCCAGUCCCUGAAGAUUGGUGGACGAAACAACUACUCUAAACGUCAGACCUCCAAUACACCUCUCCCGGUGAACGCCUCCUUUUCUUUUGAGAAUCACAAGUACUAGGCUUAUAAUCCCCGAUUAUUUAUUCUUAGGCAGUGCGCGCAGCGUAUUACUUGUUCAUAUUCAUUGGCACCCAAUUUCCGUGGUCUUUCAUAAUUUGAGAUUCGAUAAAGACGCUUUAAGCGACCACUGUCAACCUGCCUCAGCUUCGGCAUCGAUGUUUGACUGACCGAACGGCUGUAUGCCUAAUCUGCCCUAAUUUACUUCUAUUGUCCACCUGGAAUCUCGGUUCUGUCCGAUAAUGACAAACCGUUGUCCGUUUUUGAAUGAUGGCUUCUACAGAACAUUGUGCACAUUACAUUACCUAACCGCUUCAACCGUGAGGGUUUUAGCUGGCAGACAUUUUGCAAGCGUCUGGGACAUAAGGAGCCCUCGGAAGACGGUCUGUCCGCUAACCUAUCAGUAUACUGUCCAUUUAGUCCACAGUUGAUAGGAAAUAGAACGAAUUUUGCCCGCCAUUCAAUAAAACUUCCCUACCACUUCAGGGACUAGCGCCUCCCAUAAAGCGGGCGGGUCUGGGGACCUUACGCGCAUCACCUGAUUCCUCAUAGAUAUGCACGCCUUGUGCCGUGCACAGUGGAGUUGGCCAAAGCAACAUUGCUGCUAGCCAAAACUAAUUCAUAUUAAAUGCAACCAUCUCUAGCCCUUGGUUCUGAGUAUUACAUAAAUACAGUAUUAAUUAUUGUCGGUGUGGCCGGUUUUCUGAGUGCCUCAAACGGGGUAGUGCGACUACUGCCGGUCGCCCGAGGCGGGUGUAAGUUAUGGGUUAUCCCCGUGACGCAGUUGGGAACUAGAUACUUUAGCCAGUAGUUGCGCAUUUGUCCUCUCUGUCCCUGUUUGAUGACAGCCGAUCUCAGCGUUUUUAAUCUUCAUGUCAACUUUUUCUCUCAAGACACGUCCCCUGUUGCUCGAUGUACGACAGCCACAGAGCAUCAACAAAUAGUCUCCUAGAGAGACUUUUCUUUUGUACAUGAGGAGAAUGUUGUAGUCUUAGCAAGCAGAAAGUUAUGGCGAGGCUGAGCCGUGUAUGCUAGCGUGUGUUUUCACCAGCGUGCAACCGGUGACAGAGGAAAGUCCGGGAAGAUGAGGCUUGCUCUUUAGUUUGGGUGUGGGCAAUCCGGUGCGUCCACAGGUGGUAGAACAAUCCUUAGCAAGGGUUGGCUGCGAAAUAGGUACUCUAAUCUGACGAGCAAGCAGUCCCGGAUCAUGCAUCGGUAAUGUUUGGGCAUGACUGGACAUCAGUCCGGCGAAUUAGUUACUAGUGUUACUAGCAUUAGAUGCACUACGUGGCGGAUUUCGCCGGCCAUUCUGUAAGUCUUCACAUUUCGUCAUGAGAAUUAAUCUCGAAAGGUCCAGCCGAUGUGCUGAGGGGGUGGACGGAGAUGUCCAGGUCAUGCGGGGAACCAUACCUCCAUCAGGCCGCCCAACACCACCGCCCUCCGGCAAGUCGUGGCUGAAUCGAACUUUUGGGCUACCGAAGGGCAUUGGUCCACGCGCACUGGUUCGAUUUGCCAGUGGUUAAUAGCUCGAGAAUGGUUAUUUCUUGCCCAAACUACUGCCGGAUUCAGAGGCAAUUUUGUCGAACUGCGACCAGCUUUUAAGUAAAGUGUCGGUUGGAGUGUUGUGGAGACAUGCCGUAAUUGGUGUCAAAGGUAAGGCCUCCUGCGAUGGAUCGACCAGUGCUCGUGCGUCUGUGGGGUUUUGUGUAUGUGACGGCACUCAACCCUAUCAGGAGGAUGAAAUUGGGCACGACUGGCUACUGAAGGUAUAGUAUUGGCAUACUGUUAUAGACUUGGAAGCCAUUGGCCUUGUUGGGUCGUCUAGUAGUACUCGACCACCUACCUUAGUCAUAACCUCAGGAACUCUGCUUUCAGAAUUCCAUGCCAUACCUUGUUCGUCCAGGCCCGUCUGUAUUGUAGAAAGCAACGGGAAUGGAUGAUCAUAUCUUGACGCGUGUAAGGCCUAACGAGGUUAUUUAGGUACAUACGGAAUGGUUUCUCGCCCCGGGAACAUAUAGGCUUACACAUUUGCAAGACCUAAUGUAAAGUCACCCCCUUGUACCAUUCUUCUCUGUCCGUGUUCGUGUGUUUACAACUCGCCACUUUCUCAAGCCUGCCAGUGUGUCGCCUUUCGUUCUGUUGCGGCAAUAUUUCAGCAGGCAACACAAAACACGAAGCCAUAGACUGAUUUUGAGGUUCAGACGUUACUCAAAAUCUUGUUUUGCCUUCAACAUCUUCCUUUCGUUACAUGAAGAUAUUGCAAUGGAGUAGCAUCUCGCCACAGUCUUUAGUGGAUGCAAUCCUCAGUUUGAUUACGCACCAAUUCAUCACGUUCACAAGACUGAGGGAACUGUUUCUGCGGCAAAGAAUUGCCUCAGGAGGUACUAGAGUCCUAGUCUAAGUCAUUUUGCUCCUGUAGCCCUGUAUAAGGGAGGUUGCUCAGAUAAGGAUAGUUCGGCCUAAGUAAAAAGCUUCCGCGGCGACAUUUUCGGCGUUUGAUUCUGGCACUUUGGAGUAAGGACAAUAGCCACCCGAAAGCCCUCCCGCGUGUCCCGUAGCACUGGUUGUCCUUUACGUUCAAACUAUACAAGUGUAUUUUACGCACCACACCCAUUACAUAUUUUUGCUGUCACCGAAUUGCAGCAGGAUUGACUUAUGAAGUUUUAAACCUGAGGGAAACACUCGUUCGCUGUCCAUCAAUAUGAAUUAAAAAGUUGAACAGGAUUAAAUGCACUUCGGAUUCAGAUCUCUCCGGACUGUCGACUUAGAAUUUCUCAGGUCUUACAUCACGAGUUUGCCGUCGAUCCUCCCUCCCUCCGCACCUAACUGAUCUCACUCUAAGAUGUGCACGAUUACGCUAAUGGCGGUCUUAAACGCGUUAUCCGAUUGCUUUCCAACUCAUUGUCAAGUAGUAUGUGGCACUGUGAAGUAAUCGCUUGCAAAGUACGUGUGAAAUUUGAAUCACUGCUAUACGUAGCGAGAAUGCCUUUAGACAGUAGUAUUGGAAAACGGGAAUAGGUUUUUUUGCCGUUGGCUUCCGAGUUCGCAGCUAACGGCCCCUCAGAGCUGAUUAUGAUAGAUGCUCUGUGGGUUCGACCUUCAGUGUACAGGCUCAUCGCUCCGGUUCCAGAGAGAGUCCUGUCCAGAGUUUUAGUGACAUCGGCAGGAUGUUCGAAUCAGGAUACGGCCGAUUGCAUGCCGUUGCAGGACCACAGACCAGGGCUGAACUGUCAGAUCGUGUGUGGGGUCGUAAGGUCUCCAGGACUUGUGUGCCCAUCCAAAUUAUUAAUCUUCACCCACUACGACUAGGCGUGUGGUCGAUCCCUUCUUGCUUCUGUACGCAGGAGUGGUCAUUUUCGUCCUUGUUUGGGCAUAACCAAUGACGACGACGCGAAUAUGUUGUUGACGUCGUUGACUAAGCUUAUUUUUAGAAGUAAAUUUUGGUCUCGGCAUGGUUAAGAAGAUAUUUGUCAGUGCCAGACUGAUUUUUCGGUCUAUAGGACAGCCGCUCAAAUGAAAGAGGCGGUCGAAUUGAUUGCGUAAUGCCACCGGCAUCCCCAGGGCGUGCCUGACCCCCGGGACUUCCACUCCCACUUGCCGUCCGUAUAGUUUCGGGGCUCGCAUUCUGUCUGCUCGCACACAUGGAUCAGGAUUUCUGAGCGCUCCGCCCGUAUUGUAUGCGGAAGAAUUAGCCCUACUGCCUUUGGACGCGACUGGAUUUGCCAUGUUCUAGAUUGUUGAGGUACAACUGGGUCAAACGGCUGUCCGAGUAGUGUCUUCCGACCCAGUUUGUGAAGCAGCGAUAGUGGGAACGCCAUACAUGGUGGCAUACAUCGAUUUUCGAUCAUUCAUCGAAAACUCUAAUCAGCACACCUAUCAAGUUAGAACAAAGGUGACUUGCCUUUGAAGUUGAUUAUUGUGCUGCAGACUUCCACAUUACCCUCGCUGUCUUUUCCAGUGCAAGUCACCUUCCAGUUUCUAGACCUAAUUUGCUUUGGCCGACCUGAUAUAACACCACUCUCUAUGAGUGCCAACGUGUGACUGGUUUCUGUCCUAUAAUUAAACCAGGUUUCAUAAAAACUUCUCGGCUUUUGAGGAACAAAUCGGCCAUUCCGCCUACUUUUGUUCGCCAGCUGCUAUUUUUCGCACGACUUCAUGGAACCAACAGCUAAUUGACCUCCAAGUGAGCUCUAGUACAGUGGCUACGUCUCAGAGCUACACCUUCAAUGCAACUUUAAAUUGGUCGCUUUCCAUGUAAACCUUUAUCGUCUUGGAGGUACAGCCAGUGGCCAGUCUCGUGAAGCGUUGACCGAAAUUCCGAAAUGCGUUUUCCAUUAGCAGGGAUUGUUCAGGUGGGGUUGUAGUAUUGGUCGCCUUGUGGCAUAAUCUGAUAAUACCUCGAACUCGCCGGAAUUUUGGCUUUUGAACGCACUUCUUUCUGGCUGCCCGUAAGAACCACGCGGUAAAGUGGCCACUUAAGUAGUAAGUAUUUCUGCAUUGAUUUUUUGAUGCCUUAAUAACUCCAGACGUAUAUAUUGCAGAAAACAUGCAAAAAUUCCUACACUCAUUUGAUUGCAAGUCACGCCUCUUCAAAUUAUGUGCAUCAAGAAAAUGUGCGUUUCAGUUAAAAAAAAAAUCUUUUAAAGUCUCGAUUACUUUUUAUUCCGAUUUGACGUUCAUGCAAAAAAACAAUAACUAAAACAGCCCAUGCAGAAUAACGUUUGAAAAUAGUUCUUUAUUUGAGUUUGCACUUAAAUAUUCCUUAGGAAUUAGUGUAAUAUCAAGUGUGGUGGCUAGCCAACAGCCUAUAGUUUGAAUAUAUGUUCUGAAACGCUCUCACGAGAAUUGACUGUAUUCUCUCCGUUCAUUUAUUCGUCGGAUGCGGUUGACUAAGGCAAAUGGGAAUCCGCUUGAUUUCACCAAUAGGGGCGUCACAGAAAUGAAAGUUAUCUUCAGGCCAAAUGUCGGCAGGCCGAUCAGUGACUAGUUAAUUUGAAUAGAAUCGAUGGAUACAACCAUGAACACCCAACAUUGUUUAUGUUAAGAGAACUUUCUGUCAAUUUCCUUGUUCUUUUUCCUGUGCUGGAAUACUUUGAGUUCCAGCUCGUCCUUGAAGUAUCGGUGAAUAUUUUACGGUCUUCAGUGUUUUCAAUCGAUUUCCCACAGAGGUGGAUUCUGCGGCAUGCGUUUUUGAAAAUCGUUGAAAUAAGAUAUUUCUUGAGGCAUUUACCGAGGUAGUGUGUGCUUGGACAUUCUAGUGCGAAUGGUCGUAUGGGCUAUAUUUGUAGACCCACCCAAACACGAAACCUCAUCAUCGUGAAAAAUGAACGUAUACGGUGGAAGGUCGCAACGAACGCGCUGUAGGUCAGUUGAAAAGCUCUAAGUGGUUUCUUUAAAAAACGCUUAAAUAAGGUAAUUUGUUGACAUAUCUGCCUACUUAACCUUUUCCCAGGGUAAAGUCGGGGUAGAAGUUGGAACUUCUGGUCAGCCUUUUUAUUUACCUGGAAAAUGGUGGAUUUUUUUCCUUUGUAAGCGGAAGGACUCACUUCCCCGUUUUCUCCAUAUUUGCUUGCUUUUAAGCUGUUCUAUGACUAAUAAAUGAACAAUAAGGCCGCCAUAUAAAUGCCAGGAUAUUGCUCAAACUGUUUUUCCCGUUCCGUUUUUAAACUACGAAAUAGUGGAAACUAUAUCAUACACUUAGUGGAGGACUCUUUCGCGUCAAGUUAUUGCGUAUUUGCAAAGGACCAGAAAACGUCGAAACCCUUGAACAACGGAUUGCCUGUAGGCGUUAUUACUGCAUUCAAGGGCAUGAAAUCGUGCAGAUUCGUUAAUCUGACUUUCUAGGAUCGAAAAAUGUCUGGUUCUCUAAAAGUAAUCUCACUACACCCUUCACAUAUGAUUUAGGUGAAGAGAAAAAAUCAAAUUCUCAGCGCGGCAGGUUCCGUUUGUCAAAACUGAGGUUCAGAUUUCUCUCCUCUAGUAAAAGAACGUGCACGAACGCGCAACCUUAGUUUAUGUCAACUGUGUUUCGGGUGGCCUAAAAAGAAUGCAUUCAAAAGCCAACAUCCUGAGGAGUCCGAAAUACCAUUUCAUUAUGCCGCACGAUAAUCAACCUUACCUAAGCGAUUCUCUUCAAUCGAGAACCCACCUCUGAAUUCCGGCUAAAGUUUCAUGAGAUCGGUCAUUGACUGUAUAUUUCCUUAAUGGGAAGUUCAUCUGUCGGGCCAAAACUACCGCACUAGUAAUACGAAAAAGCACGACUUAUUUUCCCUCUUGUUUGGACAUCAAGGUUUGAAUAAAGACCACUCCUAUCUUAUAGAGUUAUUCAAGGCCACAUGCGCGCCCCUUGCCAUCGCGAUAGCUUUCGACCUGUGAGCCAGAUUCGUAUGCGUUCGUGCCACGCCCUCGCGGCUUGUUAACUGCGGAUUGUAAACAAAUUCACGCCUUUUCUCUGAAUUAUUCACUUCAAGCAUGCUUACUUCGCCCUUGUGCACACAUUUAGCUAUUGAAUUCUGUGUUGAUUUGCUGUAUCGGAGGACUCGCGUAAGUAGUAGUUCCUCCGAAUGAGCACUUUAAAGUCACAAUGCUCGAUUAUAACAUACCAGAUCUAGAAACACCACAAGUAUACAGUUUUUUUAUAUAGACACCAGUCCAUUCCUCGAUGUCGUUUUAAAGUGGACCGUUUAUGCCCGGCUGGACAGUUUUUAAAUUCCACAUUUUCAUCUAUUGUAUUAAGCAGAUAUGCCACUUCCAACUCUCCGACUACAGGCAAUAUCAUUUUUAUCCUGCCUCAUAAGUUCUAUCCGCUGACCCCACCUGACCCCAGAGUUGGCGUAGGCUGAUAACAGUCUUGAUUGGUUAAGACCUUCGACAUAAGUGGUACAGUUGAUUUUAAUUUUGACUUAAAUGUCGUUAGUGACCCUUAAUUUUUUCGCCGAGUUUAUUGGGUGGUAUAGAUCGCCGUUCAAAUUGCGCACGAUCUCCAAGACACCAGUUGGUCGAGGAAUCUAGUCGAUACUUCGAGCAACAAACCAUGCACGUCGUAGCUAACUUAACUAUCCACGAACACAGGCCAUCCCGCUUAGCGUUAAAGCGACUCCAAAACAAUGGACUUAAAAUGCUGUUACCAUUAUGGGAUUUCCAUCGACGGUGUGGAUACUUUACUGGGGUGUUUAUAGUCCUGGCCAGGCGUGUUCUAAUCAAUCCCAUUGCUCUUUUCUAGGUAGCUCCUCUGGAUAUGUUCACAGAAAAGAACACGGGCACCAAUCUACCCGCUCAAAUUGAGAUAUAUUCUACUGGCGGCAGUGACUACAACUUCUUAUUCAUGGCAAAAGGCGGCGGUUCUGCAAACAAGAGCUUCCUCUUCCAACAAACCAAGGCUCUCCUGAACGAGGAGCGUCUCUACAAGUUUAUUUCUGAAAAGCUGCUGGUAAGAAGCCGUACAGCGCUUUCCGCUAACCCAGUUUGUAGACCCUCGGAACCGCGGCCUGUCCGCCCUAUCACCUCGCUGUUGUGAUUGGGGGCACCUCGGCUGAAUUCAAUCUGAAGACCGUGAAACUGGCCUCUGCCAAGUACCUUGACAAUCUACCCACCACAGGUAUCUUGGUCUUCACUUGGUGGCCUUGCAUAUUUUGUGUACACGUACGCGAUUGUCCUGUGUCGGGUGCCCAAAGCGCAGCUGUUACGCCAGACACUAGGGUCAAUGCAUGCACCUAGGACAUGUAGGAUAGAGCCCUUAUGAAAAAUCGGUCACUGCGCCUAGUUUGGUCUUCAGUCUGCCUGACUCGAAUCGCCAUUGGUACACGAUGAACACAGGAAGGGAGGGUGAUGCCGACCCCACGACACACUGGAGCCAUUACAGCAUCAUAAAAGUCGUCAUUUGGGGGGUUGCAAACUCCCAGUCCUCCGUACUGCCGAUCGGAUUGUCAUGACGAUAGUUCUCACCGCUGGUAUCCUAGUUCCUGAGGUUUGUGCGAAACAAGAGAGCAGCACGUAUGCAGUAUUCGUGGAUAGGGCCGAAUGCUCACAUGACCACUGUGUCCAUGCCCAUCAGUCGUAUUAAUUUGGUCUUGCCAUUGAAGCAUGGUGGGUGUGGAAUGAGAGCUGGCGGUAGAUGUUACACAACUCUCCGUCAACAAACCAAGUUACCCACCCGAGUCACCGCUGUCGGUGAUGGUGUCUGUAAAAUACCGCGAACAAACCAUCAACAAAAAUGGCUGUGAAAAUUCGCUGUAUGGAAAGAAAGCCAUGUCCACAGAGGGGUGCAGCUGCGUGUCGUGGAUUUAGACGCGAGUGGUGAGACUUAUACGCCGCAUUGAGAGCUUACUGUGGUCUCAAAUUCGUGGUCAGGGUUCCUUUUUAAGUGUAUUGUUGGUAAUUCCCUCCCGGAGUAGCUCGCUUUUUUACUGAAAUACUGCUUAGACUGUGACGUUCCGUCUUUUCUCCCACAGGUAAUGAAUAUGGACGCGCCUUCCGCGAUCUGGAGGCUGAACGCCGGGUGACCGAAAUCAGCCAGAAACUGGGCAUCGGCGCCCAGUUCGGUGGUAAGUACUUCUGUCACGACGUUCGCGUCAUCCGGCUGCCACGCCACGGUGCCUCUUGUCCUGUUGGAAUCGGCGUAUCCUGCUCCGCUGAUCGACAGGUUAGUAAAUCCCUUGAAUGUGUUGCUUCCCACGACGUUUCGCGCUGUUUUUCAGUAAUCAAGCGCACCGAAGAACUAUUGACCUGCCUCUUACGUAUCUACUGUCGUAGUUCUUAAACAAGCCUCUCUGAGCGUAGUGUAGACUAUACAUACAGGCCGUCAAUACAGCUUGAACCUUGAGAAUCAUAAAUGUACGGCCGUUUUUUGUUUUUCGACCGCAACUCCAGUGGCCCUCUGAAAGUCCAGCCAGAGCGCGCGAAUCAAUCAAUCAUCAAACUACCCGAUUAGGCCAUGUUCAUUUUCGCGGUGUUCGCAUAAGAGGAUUUAGUGGACUGCUUCAGGUCCAAAUUUGAACGGCAGAUGGAACCCUUCUAGAUAGCGGUGUAGUACUACAGCCGUUUGACUUUUUGUUGAUAACUGAUUUACCAUAUCAGUGCUCAACCAUUCCCGAUUACUGCUGCAUGGCCAACGACUGCCUAUUCUUCAGACCCAAGAGCUGGGCGAUUUCGCAGCUAGCUUUUACAGAAAACCAAUAUACUGUCCCUCACCUGUGCUUGCGAUGGGCGACCCACAGGCAAACCCCGUUUUCCCGCGGUUCCUGUACUCGAGACCUUAAUGGUCGGUCUUUUUAGUAUUUGGAGGAGAAAAGGUUGCUUUAUGAAUAAUUCCUAUGGCUGUCGUUCGACCGCAUACCCGUUCACCGGGUACGUGAUCGUGCAUAGAUGGCCGGAAUCAAUAAACAGAUGUUUCUAAGUGCUACUGACCGCGACAUCGAGACAGUCAGUGACUAUCCCACAGUGCUGAAGGUAUAUCCCAUGGGAACCACAAAGUAAAAUGUCAGUUAUGCACCUUUUCGGCUCUUCCCUAAAAGGAGCUUCAGGAUGGGGAUUUUUAUUUCAUGGGUUUUCUGUGAAUUUUUCGGCACAAGUGGACACCAAACAGCCACUCUCGAUUUUUAAUUUAGAGUUGUGUGCUUUUGCGCUUUCGUCCUUUUUGAGAGCUGACAGCCAAACAACAGGAGCCUGGACUCCCGUUUAAUAGUGGUUCAUAGUCACAAGGUUUGCGUCCUGUCAAGGAGUCCUACUUUGUUUUAAUGCUUGGUCGAUGUGCCAGGACUCAGUGCUGCACGCCAGCAGAGAACCGUCUCUGCUGGUCUAAGGCUGCAUUUCCAUCAGCGGGCGGCCUCGCUAUCCGCCACCUUCAGUCGUGCCUGGUCGCAGGUCUGUUAAAUUGAUCACCUGUUUAUAUUCUCACAAACUAUAAUAAUAUUGUGUCGUGGUGAAUGUUGUCCACUUCCUAGUAGGCAUCAGUCGCCCGCCGCAAUUCUGGCAGGGCGAACGGACAUGUGCCCAUUUGAUUCCAGGAGCCUCUGGAAGUCGGGCCUCCACCAAGCUGCUCCACGCAACCACUCUAACAGACCACACCUCCAGAAGCGAAGAGACGAGUCCCACGCCUUUAUGGAGUUUCUGAAUGAUCGGGUAGCUACGGGCUGGGGUUGAACUUGACAGGGAUCAGUGGCGCAGCGAGGAGUAUUUCUCUGCCCAGUCAUGGACGCACCAAGCCGCCACCGGCAAAGCCAACUGACUAACCUACAUCUACUUUUAGCCUUACGGGAGCUGAGACGUGUCGGGCUCACCCAUUCUCCUCGGGUUAUUACAGCUUUUUGGGGGGAGACUUCAUAUUUGGUCGCGCUCCAGACAAACGUCGAAGGGGAAGUGGAUUCAGAAGUUGGGCUAUCAGAGACGGCGUCACUGUGGGCCCCACUUUUUAUGUAAUUCGGAUCGACGCGUUUUGACAACGUCUGUAUGCAUGAGUAUUGUACAUACGCGGGUGCGUAGUAAGGUAUGCAUUAUCUUGCAUAGGCGUUGGCCGAUGUCAUCGAAGUUUUGCAACUGUAGCCAAAUAUCUGGUCUUUUUAUGGAUUCCUAUUAUUGUUUCGGGCUCAGGAUGUGAAGACAUCCUACCGAUACUUUUGAUCGUCCUAACGCCAACCUUAAAUCAAUUUCAGGCGACCCUGUUCUCGCGACUUGCUUUUUGCCAUUGAUAGGCAGUCGUGAUUAGAUAAGGCUUAGGGACAGCACCGGAGUAGGAGUAAUUUUAAGUCUAAGGAACUGCAGAGGUCAUUUUAGAUGUGAGAAGGGGUUUGGCGCGGAUUGUUUUUGGUUUGAUUAAUCUAUCGGAUGGAGUCCCAAUGCCAGAUUUGACACUUCGACAGGCUUCAUAAGAAGCUUCUCGAGUGAAAAUUUCGACGGCCCUACUAACAGUACCUCUGUUUCUGGUUAAGACCAGGUCUCGCCCUGAGUUUGUGACGCCCAGAAGGCACCACCCACUUUGUCACUUCGCCGUGUGAGACUCCCACAGAUGUACAUAAUAAGUGCAGUGCACUCUGUUCACCUAUAAUGUUUGAGUUUAUAAUGAACGAUUUGGCAGACGUGUGUUGUUAACGCCACACCUAUCGUUUGCGAUAGGCUUGUUGUAUCUAUUCUGAGCUACUUUUCUUUGAUUUCUGUCAGGCUCUUGGAAAAAUUACGGGCGAUGGCAUUUUUGUCGAGCAACUCGAGAACGAUCCGGCGCGCUAUCUGCCUGACCCAUCUUCCUCUCACCUCUCUGACACUGCUGUCAAGAUCAAUCUAAAUGAGCCCAUGGAUAAGGUCCUCGCUGAGCUCUCCAAGCAUCCCGUCCGAACCCGCGUUUCAUUGACCGGUACUUUAGUCGUUGGUCGUGAUAUCGCUCACGCCAAAAUAAAGGUCAGUUGACCACAACUACUUAUUUCGGUUCUUUACUUUAAUAAAGCCAGCAGUACCCUCUUUUCUAUAAAGGAACGCCUUGAUGCUGGUGAACCAAUGCCCGAGUACAUGAGAAACCACCCAAUCUACUAUGCCGGUCCGGCAAAAACACCUGAGGGUUACGCCAGCGGCUCCUUCGGACCAACCACUGCCGGGAGAAUGGACAGCUACGUCGAUCUAUUUCAGUCCAAAGGUGGAAGUAUGAUUAUGCUAGCUAAGGGUAACCGUUCCAAGGAGGUACGUUGUGCUCCUAAGUGAGGUCGCGUCUAUUUCUUUGGUCGUCCAUCUAUGGUUUAUUUCGGUAACUUUUAGGUGACCAAUGCUUGUAAGAAGCAUGGAGGUUUCUACCUAGGCUCAAUUGGUGGUCCCGCAGCUAUCCUGGCCAAAAACAACAUCAAGAAGGUGGAGGUUUUGGAAUACCCUGAACUCGGGAUGGAAGCCAUUUUCCGCGUCGAAGUCGAAAACUUCCCAGCCUUCAUUGUUGUUGAUGAUAAGGGUAACGAUUUCUUCCAGGAGUGGCAAGUGUAA